CCCCGCCACCGCCUUUCGAAAUCGAUUGGGGACAUGUGCUAAUGCAAGGUGGAUUUGUCACAUUGAAACGCGUCAAAGAGGUAGUCGCAGAUCGCUUCGCGGAAUUGAAAUUGAAGUACUAUGCUAUAGAUUCAUUCUCCUUAAAUUUUGAUUUACCUUCUUCCAACAACUACCAGAUCAACGUCCCUCACAAGAAAAGACGCGUCAGUAGCUUCGUCCUCAUCAACUUUUAUAUAUUUCAACUCAGAGAGAUUUCGUUUUCAACGAGAAUGAUAUUCGAGUUCGGGGACGACUAAAUCUCCAACUGCUACUACUUCCAAUAAUGCAGGUCUGACGGCAAGCUGUUUCCUGGGUUGACGCUUGAGGACAUUGAGCCGGACGAUGUACUACUGAAUAGGCCAGAUCCAGCAACGGUGGAAUUAUGGAUUGCAGGGAUGUCGGGGAAGAAAAAGAUUAUGGCGGUGACACUUUCAAUUGAGUAUAAUUUGUCUUUGUAGUGGUCGCUAAUCAUACGAAAAUGUCUUAUGCGUUAUCGUUUCAAUUCAAUAAUAACAACGUGCUAGUACUCAUCUCCAUCCAAUUGCAAAUCUCACUCUCCUCUAAGAGAUCUCCCAUCGACAAUGAUAUCAAAUUUCGAGAGCUUUUUUCGAUUGAAACGGUACGCAAUAAGGUGAAGCGAGUGCACUUUGUUGAAGAGCCGUGGGGUGCGGAGCUGGUCGACCUCGCAUUUGACCUUCAUAUUCUCGAUGAACAUCGACUAGCUGCACAGGCUGCCGGACUGGAGGCUCCGGAAAGUAUGACGAAGAAAGGAAAAAAGGCGAAUAGUACAG